AAGUGCACGGUACGCAUGCGUAUUGAUCUCUUUUCCGUUGGUGGUAAUGGCGGGUAUAGAAGGGAAGAAGGUACCUGCAGUGCCCGAAAGCCUUUUGAAAAGGCGAAAGGCCUUUGCGGCCAUGAAGGCCAGGCGCAUCAAGAAGAUGCUUUCUGAAAAAAAGGCCCGCAAAUGUAGGCGAUCACUGAUCUACAGCAGAGCUGAGUUUUACCACAAGGAGUACAGACAGAUGUACAGGCGUGAGAUCCGCUUGUCCAGAAUGGCCCGUAAAGUUGGAAACUACUAUGUACCUGCUGAACCCAAGUUGGCCUUUGUGAUCAGGAUUAGGGGUAUUAAUGGCGUUAGCCCCAAGGUGCGCAAAGUGCUCCAGCUUCUCCGCCUCCGCCAGAUCUUCAACGGUGUCUUUGUGAAGUUGAACAAGGCUUCCAUCAACAUGCUUAGGAUUGCUGAGCCAUACAUUGCAUGGGGUUACCCCAAUCUGAAGUCUGUACGCGAGCUGAUCUACAAACGGGGUCACGGAAAGAUCAACAAGCAGCGUAUUGCUCUGGUUGAUAACGACCUAAUUGAGAAAAAUCUUGGCAAUACUGGUAUCAUCUGUAUUGAAGACCUGAUCCAUGAAAUUUACACGGUUGGAAAGAACUUCAAGGCCGCAAACAACUUCUUGUGGCCCUUCAAACUGUCCACUCCACGUGGUGGAAUGAAUAAGAAAACCACACAUUUUGUGGAAGGUGGUGAUGCUGGCAACAGGGAAGACCAGAUCAACAGGCUCAUCAGGAGGAUGAACUAGCAAGAUAUUCCACAGAGGAUCUAUUAUCACUGGUCUGUUGAAAAAUAAACUGUUUUCAAAAAACGAAAAGUUGUCGUCUUUUUCCCCCUCUUUACAACCUUUUUCUUCACUAGACUGGUAAAACAUUUUGGGGAAAUAAUUGAAUCAUUUUGUGAUUUGUGUAAUUGCCAUGUUUGUCUCAAGGAUCAAACCUCAUCAUGCUUGUGCUUUUUAAAAUUAAUUGGGUUAAAUGCAUGUUUUUCUUAGUGCUAUAUUGUGGUACGCGCCUUCAUCCACUUACUGUGGUAGAGGUUAAUUUUAAUUGCCAGGCUUGAUCUGGUAGUCUGUGAGGAUGAAUUUAACAGUUGCGUAUCAUUUGAAAAAUCCUGGAUUAAGUGUGACAUUUAUGUAUUUGGCACAAAGCGGGAUCAGUGACAUAGUUGCAACAUUGACAUAUCCAAAAUGUGCAUUAUAAAUGGCUGCAUAGUUAAUUAUAUUUAACAAUGUGUUAUUUUAACAUGUGAAUGACCCAAGAACACAAUUCAGUAUCAUCAGCCAAUCAGCUUCAAGCUAUAGCGGGCAUUAAUAUACAUACUGUAGAUGCCUGCUCGAACGUAAUUUCAUCACCUGUGAAUAGCUUUUUCAUUUUGAUUUGCUUUAUUGAAAGCUUAGUUCACAUUAUUGGACAGCAAUUACUAAAAGACACAAUUGGUCCAAAUGUAUUUUAUUAUUCACCAAAACCAACCAGUAAAUCUUUUGCACCGACAAAAGCAACCACACCUGCACCCUCAACUGCAGAGUCGGCCAAUCUCUGCCCGUCAGCUUGACUGGAGCUCAGACCGCAUCUUUCAGAAACAACAAAUCGAGGCGGGGACAAUUCAGUAAUAUUGCUCCAUUCAGAUGUCUCACACUGUCCAGAAGAAUUACAAGCAGCUUUGACAAGUAAAGUUAUUUGUUUAAUUA